AUGUUGUCUCCUUUACAAGCCGUUUCCCUCCUUUGCCUCGCGCAAUCGGCCCUCGCUGUCAACUUUCCUUUCGAACAAACGACGCUGAGUGAAGCCGAUGUCAAGGGCAACAAGGAUCUUGCGUUUGGAAAGCUUCCUGUUCCUGCUGUGAACAAGGCAAGGUGCAAGACGUACGCUAGCGAUGCCAAUUGGCCCAGCACCGACAGGUGGAACGCCUUCAACGCGAGUCUGGGAGGGGCGUUGCUGAAGGGCAUUCCUCCUGCGGCUGCGUGCUACGAAGGGCCUUAUUACAACCCCGCGAGAUGCGAACAGAUCAGAUCCAUCCAGGGUAGCACCAACUUUACCAAAGCCGAUCCGACCAUUCCCAACGGACAGUGGCAGCUGGGAAAUCCCUGCCCCGUGCCUCCCAUUCCCAAUCCCGGAUAUUCUUGCAACAUUACUGCCUUCCCUGCUUACGUUGUCAAUGUGACUACUGUAAAGCAAAUCCAGCUAGCCGUCAACUUUGCCCGCAACAACAACCUCCGUCUCACAAUCAAAAAUACUGGCCACGACUUUCUCGGACGGAACACCGGCGGCGGUGCGCUUCAGAUCUGGACACACAACCUGAAGCAGCUCGAAUAUAUCCCUUCUUAUAAAUUCGGCAAGUACAAUGGCAAAGCGGCCAAGGUCACGGCUGCUCUCGAGCAGUUUGAGUUACAUCAGUACAUGACCCAGCAUAACAUGACUUUGGUGGCACCAGGAUCAACGACAGUCGGUGCCUAUGGGGGGUUUAUGCAAGGCGGCGGCUUCUCUACGAUGGUCACUUCGAAGCUUGGCCUAAUGAGUGACCAGGUGCUUUCGUUGGAGGUUGUGACCGCUGAUGGAAGGUUUGUACACGCCGAUCCUUGGGAGAACGCGGAUUUGUUUUGGGCUAUUCGUGGUGGAGGUCCUGGAAACUUCGGAGUUGUCACGUCCGCCAUCGUCAAAGCUCACGACACAAUGCCCAUCGCCCAAGGUCAAGUUUACUUUCAGACCAGCCCCGUCACCAAUCCCACCACAGCCCCGUACAACGUGCAAGUGAACGACACGGCGUUCUGGAAAGGCAUCGACAUCUGGUUCUCCUGGCUGCCUAAGGUCACAUCCGCAAAAGGCGUCGGGUGGAACUACAUUGACACCAUUGCCCCGACCGCCAACACAUCCCGUACAUAUCAGCUCAGAAGUCAGAUCAACCUGCCCGGCAUGACCAAACCUGAGGCAGAAGCCUUCCUAGCCCCCAUGAUCAAGGAACUCAACGAUGUCGGCAUCCCCCUCAAAGUCUACGUCGACUGGUACGAGACGUACCCCAAGCAAGCCUUCCGCCCUCAGGGCCCUGGCGAGAGCGUCACCAAUGGACGCUUCGGCUCUCGCUUGUUCCCUCGCAAGAAUCUCGAAGACAAGACCUCGCCCCUUUUCCAGAAGACAAUUGCAUCCAUCCGCGCCUUCGUUGAAGAAGGCGGCUACAACUUCCACAGCGUCGAUUACACGCCUACGACUGAGAUUGCAGGAUGGCCCGGCAGCGAUUCGGCCGUGAACCCACACCUGCGCAACGCCAUCAUGCACGCUACAGGCUACGAUACCAAUUCCUACGGCCCGGAGGUUAGCCCCGCAGACCAGAUUAAGAAUCACGCCCGUCUGAACGAGUACGUGAAUAAGUGGAGGGAUGCUUCCCCUGGGGCAGGCGCUUACAUGAACGAGGCGGAUACUGAAGAACCGAAUUUCCAGUGGAGCUUUUAUGGGAAGAAUUAUGAUCGGUUGUUGGAGAUCAAGGAUAAGAGAGACCCGUGGCAAGUGUUUUAUGCGGUGACGAUGGUGGGGAGUGAGAGAUGGUUUGUCGAAGGCACGGGGGGUUUGCCGACGCAGCAGGGGAGGUUGUGUAGAGUGCAGAAGUAG